AUGCAAUGAUGUUAAAAAUAAAGAUCAAUUCAUUUUAAAAAGAAGCUCUGAACGUAAAAAAAUCCAAAAAAUAAAUUCAAUUUUUCUUUUCAUCAUCUUUACUCAAUCUCUAUUACAUUUACUGUACGUUAAAAAUAAUAAUUAAAAAAAUGGGAGAAUCAGAAGAGAAUUCUAUCGUAGAACAUGAAGAGAAAAAUGUAGAGAAUAUGGAAGUAGAUCAAGGCGAGAAAGAAGAGAAGGAACAGGAAGAACAGCAAGAGUCUGAAGAACCAGUAUCUCCUCCUCCUGAUUCUAAGAAAAGAAAACGUUCCGUGAGAUCAACAUCACCACCAAAUUAUUAUGAGACCAGAUCUAAACAACAACGUAAAGGUCGUAAGAGUCCCAAAUCACCUCGUUCAUCAACCACUCCUUCAGCUAGAUCACCUCGUUCUAGAGCCACUUCUCCUAAAAAAGGUACUUCUGGUGCCACUUGGACUCCUGAAGAAGAUAAAAUUCUGAUCGAUAAUAUAUUAGAAUUAUUACCUCCUAUUCCUUGGUCUACCAUUGUUGCCAAAUUACCUGAAAGAAAUACAAAAAGCUUACAAAAUCGUUGGCAAAGUUUAAAGAAAAGAUUACACGCUUAAAGAGCGGAUGUAAGAGCAGGUGUAAGGGUUCGAUAGAUCCGAUAUAAUAAUAGGAAUAGAACAUUAUAUAUAAACAGUAAAAACAUUGAUAUAAUAAUUUUU